AUGGAUCCUCGUCAUAGUGUCACAGACUGGAGAACCUGGGUGAGUGGUAUAACUCCGAAAAGUAUGAAGAAAGCCAUCGACUUUGAAGAUGCCCAGAAACUUGUGACACAGAUUAUCAAGAACAAAAUUGUCGUUGGCCAUGACCUUAAACAUGACUUGGACUCUCUAUGCUUGAAUCAUCCCAAGUAUUUAACCCGAGAUACUUCUAAACAUCCUCCCUUCCGUCACAAGUACAGUGCCGGAAAGACUCCUUCACUUAAGAAGUUGACUAAAGAAAUCCUCCAUCAGGACAUCCAGACGGGACAACAUUCUUCCGUACAGGACGCAAAAGCUACUAUGCUCAUCUAUCAGACCGAUAGAUUGGAGUUUGAGCGUCUCGCCAAGAUCCAUUACUCUUAA